CAGUGUCAUGUUUGAAUCUUCUUCAAAGCAAGUUAGUUUUGGCCUUGGAUGUCAAGUGUCAGUGUCUACUCGGCGCUCACCCUGUGCUUGUCGUUCAGUACUUAUAGAGAAUGGGUUCCGAUUCAUCCCUUUCUUUGCUUCGAGAGUGAGUUUCCUGACACGUCCUUCUCUAUGUAGCCUUUCUUUCUCGGGACGUUUCCUCUGAGGAAAGCUACCCUAGUUCAACUCCAACUCCAGCAUGAAGUUCUUAUUAUUGCUGUUUGGCGUGUGUUGGCUGCACACGACCGGAGCGUUUCUCGCGGAAAUGUUCCCGCGAGAUGGAAGAAAAUGGCCAUAUGGCCAGCCCAAAAAGCUUGAGUAUCGGAAUUUGGUGCCAGUUAGCUUGAGUGACGAUUGUUUGAAAGCUAUCAAUGAGUCUGCGUUCUUGCCAGGACUGAAACAUUUGAAUCACUCCAAGCUUGAUGUCAUGUUGGAUUCGGUGGGCAAGCCCGGCGCUGGUCUCCUCUCUCGCAACUUCCUCUGGUACGGCAGCUACCAGCAGUGCACAGAGCUCACCGGUACCAAGUACUGUCUGAAUACCAUGAUUGUCAAUGGAGAUAAUCUGGGAAUCAAGCCGACUAAGGCAGAAAUAGGAGUGUGUAUUCCAGAUAUCUGCAAUGAUGAUGAUGCCAUCAAUUUUCUUUGGUCUCUGGAGGCAGUUGUUCCCACUCGGUGGAAGAAGGCAUAUGCUGCACUGGAAGUGUACAUACUUGCUUUUGUCGAGAAAAAUGCUACAAACACUGUAUGUGAGACGGAACAGCCCCUGGAGAAACAUUCUAUAGCUGGUCUUGUUGUGUGUAGCUGCAUCAUCGUUCUCUUGUUGACCGGAUCUAUUGUCGACUGGUACAUGUCGCAGCCACUGCCUAUCCCAUCCUCGGCGGGUUGGAUGAAAGGAGGCCGCAACAUGUUUACCUCUCAGCGCACUGCCACACAAGCUCGCAACAUUAACGACGGCGACGAGACGGACCCACUGAUCCGUGCAUCACCGGCUAUGGGCCUUCUCAGCUCGCAAGUGCUCAGCUACCCAGACAGACAUCGGGAUACGUGGUACAGCCGUGCCCUGCGCUGCUUCUCGUUACAGCGCAAUGUGUUGUUUGUUCUUGACCCGAAGCACAACACCGGCACUGUCCCCUGUCUACACGGCAUACGUGUAUUCAGCAUGGCCUGGAUCAUCCUCGGCCAUACCUACUUAUGGCCACAGUUUGUAGGCUGCUCCAAUCUUCGAGAAAUGUCCAUAAUGACGUCGCAGAUUUCGUUUCAACUUGUGCUGAACAGUACAUUUGCUGUGGACUCCUUCUUCGUACUAAGUGGGAUGCUUGUGAUGUUCUGGACACUGAGGCGUGUGGGCAAUGAUGGCGGUACAUUCUCGGUUGUCAAGUUCUACGCUCACCGGUUCUUGAGGUUGACACCAGCCUACAUGUUUGUGUUGAUGGCGUGGACAACGCUGGCGCAGUACUGGGGUGAAGUACCCUCAUGGAAGAGUAACAUGGAAGAUCACCGCAUGUGUGAGCAGUACUGGUGGACUAACCUUCUCUACAUCAAUAACUUCUAUCCUCCACACUUGAAAGGAUCCUGCCUUGGCUGGACUUGGUACUUAGCUCUGGACAUGCAGUUCUACAUCAUCAGUCCACUGGUCAUCAUGGCUGCCUACAGGUUUGGUACUGUGGGCCUGUCUGUGACUGUUGCUAUUCUGAUGAGUGGCAGCCUGAUAGCCACCGGUCUCAUCGUACGGAUCUACAAUUUUAGAAUCGAUGGUUCCCAACUGCUCAUCAACGACAUCUUUACAGAUGAGUUUACGAACGGUGCAAUGGUAUCCACAGCUCGUGACUCGUAUCCGUCGAAAGUCUUUGACAAGCCCUACUGCCGCAUUGCACCCUAUCUUGUCGGUCUCUGUAUUGGUUUCCUGGUUCGACGACUUCCGUCAGUCAGCACAACUACCUUCUCAAAGGCUCCAGCAAGGUGGUUUGCUCUGCUUGGCUGGGCAGUUGCUCUUGUCUUGCUACUGGCUCCUGUGUAUGGCCUGUACGGGACGUAUCGCAGGGAAGAUCAGCUGUCCAGCUUGGCGACGAUCUUCUACUACACGUUCUCGCGGCUCUCCUGGGCGCUGGGUGUUGGAUGGCUGGUGCUGGCAUGCUUUGCCGGCUAUGGAGGGUACAUCAACAGUUUCUUCUCCCAUGGCAUCUGGCUACCGCUGAGUAGGUUGACGUUUGCGGCGUAUCUGACUCACCCGAUCAUGCUCUAUCUGCUGUUCCUCGGCCUGGAAGUUCCUGUCUACUAUACCAAUGUAUCCAUGGUUGCAUACUAUCUGGCAGCCUUAGUGGGAUCUUACACGGCCGCAUUCGUGCUUAGCGUCUGUGUGGAGAUACCGUUCGUUGAGCUGGAGAAACUGCUGGUCAGCAGGUAGCUGACUCGGCUGACGAUAUCCGAUGACCGCCUUGAUGUACCGCUAUAUUCUACUACCCUUGAGUGAAUACAGUCAAUCAUUUUCUUACUAUGUUUCAUACUGAUCUAGUCCAAUAGCUUUUUAGUCCCCGCAUUUUCUAGACUCUAGUUCCAUGCCACCUCAUAUUUCGCUCUCCCAAUCCAGUAUUCUCUCACAAAACACUAACAAACUUAGAUGUCUGCUCUAUACAACACAUGAUUUCCCAUUGCAGGCCACAGAGAUAUCCAUAACCACAAAACAUUCAGAACAACAAGGAUAGAGUCAAUACUUGAGAAGGAUUUAUGAUUUGUUUUGAAAAUUCUAAAAUUAUGAAGUGUAUUUUGUGUUUGA